GCUGCGCGGCGCGGAGGCCCGGAGCAAGCGGCUCAGCGCAGGUGUUGCCCCGCAUCAUGUCGGGCUUCGACGACCCCGGCGUCUUCUACAGCGACAGCUUCGGCGCCGAGCCGGGCGGCGACGACGGGCGGGCGCGCAGAGCGCAGCUGCAGCGGCGCUUCUGGGAGUUCCUGCGGCAGUUCCGGGCGGGCGCGGGCUGCUCCUUCACCUACCGAGAUGAGCUCAAGCGCCAUUACAAUCUGGGGGAGUACUGGAUUGAGGUGGAGAUGGAGGACCUGGCUAGCUUCGAUGAGGACCUGGCCGACUCCUUGUACAAGCAGCCUGCAGAGCACCUAGAGCUGCUGGAGGAAGCAGCCAAGGAGGUGGCUGAUGAGGUGACCAGGCCCCGGCCUGCCGGGGAGGAGGUGCUUCAGGACAUCCAGGUUAUGCUCAAGUCAGACGCCAGCCCCUCCAGCAUCCGGAGUCUGAAGUCGGACAUGAUGUCACACCUAGUGAAGAUUCCUGGCAUCAUCAUUGCAGCCUCCGCGGUCCGGGCCAAGGCCACACGUAUGUCCAUCCAGUGCCGCAGCUGCCGAAACACCCUUACUGACAUUGCCAUGCGCCCUGGCCUGGAGGGCUACUCUCUGCCUAGAAAGUGCAACAUGGACCAGGCUGGCCGCCCUCGCUGUCCACUAGACCCAUACUUCAUCAUGCCCAACAAGUGCAAGUGUGUAGACUUCCAGACCCUGAAGCUGCAGGAGCUGCCGGACGCCGUGCCACACGGCGAGAUGCCCCGCCACAUGCAGCUCUACUGCGACAGGUACCUGUGUGACAAGGUUGUCCCUGGGAACAGGGUCACCAUCAUGGGCAUUUACUCCAUCAAGAAGUUAGGCCUGAACUCCAGCAGAGGCCGUGACAAGGUGGGCGUGGGCAUCCGGAGCUCCUACCUUCGUGUCCUGGGCAUCCAGGUGGAUACAGAUGGCUCUGGUCGCAGCUUUGCUGGGUCUGUGAGUCCACAGGAAGAGGAGGAGUUCCGGCGUCUGGCUGCCCUCCCCAACGUCUACGAUGUCAUCUCCAAGAGCAUUGCACCUUCCAUCUUUGGGGGUGCGGACAUGAAGAAGGCCAUUGCCUGCCUGCUCUUUGGGGGCUCCCGGAAGAGACUCCCUGAUGGACUCACUCGAAGAGGGGACAUCAACCUGCUGAUGCUGGGAGACCCGGGGACAGCCAAGUCCCAGCUUCUGAAGUUUGUGGAGAAGUGCUCUCCCAUUGGGGUCUACACAUCUGGGAAGGGCAGCAGUGCGGCUGGACUCACUGCCUCUGUGAUAAGGGACCCCUCCUCCCGGAACUUCAUCAUGGAAGGAGUUCUCCUACUUCUCAAGACUCAUACCCAUCACAAACAUGGGGGCAUCGGCAGAAGGGGUGGAGAUGAUGACCAUUUUGGAGCCACCUUUCAGGUGAUUGCUGGCCUUCUCCAAGGUGGUGAAGACACCAGUGGACUCCACCACAUACUCAGCACCAGCAUCAAACCACCAGAUAUUGGUGAGAUCUUACUCUUGGCAGAUGGUGAUGGCCUUUCCAUUGAUGACGAGCUUCCCAUUCUCAGCCUUGACAGUGCUAUGGAACUUUCCCCGUGA